AAAUUAUAACAUUUUAAAAGAAGCGCUUAUGUUGCACGAACUAAAGCAUCCAAAUAUUGGGAAAUUGCUAGGCUUGUGUGUAAAAAGUGAAAAACCGAGCCCGUCUAUUCAUCUACGUGGUGUCACGUCAGUUCAGGAAUUGGGAAGACCAGUGGAAUGUAAUUGGUUGAAAAAGUUGCCAUGGAUAAAAAGGUUCAAGAUUUGUCAAUCUAUUGCAAGUUUACUGGAAUACCUGGCAAACUCACCACUGGGAAGUUUACAGAUAGUGGAUUUCAAAUACCAACAGUUUGUUAUGAUUGAUAAUGUUAUUAAAUUGAUUGAUUUGGACGACGUAUCAAGUGUAGAACCUGAGUGCAAUGAUAUGCCGUGUGUUAUAGAAGGAAAACAGAAUAUGGCGGGUAUCGUGUGUCGCGAUUUUCACUGCCAAGGAAUGAAUACAGCCCGCAACCUCAUUCAAGCAUAUAAAUUAUUUUUCAAUCCAUUAUUACCGGGUGAUGUGCCUGCAAAGUUACACAGCCUUGUCAGCAGAUUACUAGCGGACAUUGAAAAUAUGAAUAUUAAUACACGGGAACUUGUUAAGAGUUUGCAGCUCGUAGAAAAACAGUGGUUUUUAUUAAAAAAUUAAUUCUGUGAUUCAGAUUUUUAAAUAUUUUUAAAGUAGUCUAAAUGAUUUAAUGAAUGAACCAAAAAUAUUGCUUUGUAUUGUCAUAUAGGCAAUGUCAUUGUAAACAUUGACUUUGGGGAACUUUGGUUGAGGUCUGCUGGUGCUUGUGUUUGACUGGACCUAGUUGAUGCUGGGAUAGCACGAACAAUUGCUACAAUGCUAUGAUGAUGGGAGGAAGAUGGUCAUGCAGUCCUGUUACAUACAAUGUACAUUUGUACAAGCAACCAUUGGACAAUUAUAUGAAAAAUACCAUUCUAAUAAUAUGGCGCCUAUCUUGGAUUAUGCAAAUAAAGUGUAUUUAUGC